AACGGCCAACCCACAUAUCCCACAUCCGCUCUUUCCUCCUAGCACGAAGCAGCGGAGGUGGAGCCAGCAGCCCAGCACCAUCAUGCUACCGCUCUCCUACGCGCCACCGCACGGGCGACCGAACCGCAGCCCUAGCCACAAGCCCAAGCCCCAGCAGUUCGCUCUCCCCUUCCCCGACGCCCUCCGCGCGGCGGCAGCGGCGGCCGCCAUCUCCCUCUCCCUCCUCGCCGGCAACAACGCGGGGGCAGCGGCGGCGGCGCUGGAGCAGCCCGCGGAGAUAUGCCGCGGCGGGGACGGCGGGGGGAAGGCAGAGGUGAAGGCCGAGGCGGUGACCAACGAGCAGCUCGUGGAAGAGGCGUGGGAGGUGGUCAACGAGGGCUUCCUCCCCGACGCUGGCAGCCGCCCGUGGUCACCGGAGCUGUGGCUGCAACGGAAGCAAGAUAUUCUCCAAGGCUCAAUCAAAUCCCGCUCUAGAGCCCAUGACAUCAUUACGAAAAUGCUAGCUAGCCUGGGUGAUCCGUAUACAAGGUUCCUGCCGCCUUCGGACUUCUCAAAGAUGUCAAAAUAUGACAUGACGGGGAUUGGAUUGAACUUAAGAGAGAUUUCUGAUGACAAUGGUUCUUUAAAGUUGAUUGUAUUAGGCCUAAUUCUGGAUGGUCCUGCUCACUCUGCCGGCGUUAGGCAGGGUGAUGAGCUUUUGUCUGUCAAUGAUAUUGAUGUAAAAGGUAAAUCCGCAUUUGAUGUGUCAUCCAUGCUGCAAGGCCCAAAGGAAACUUUUGUUACAAUUAAGGUUAAGCACAGUAACUGCGGCCCUGUUGAGUCAAUGAAGGUGCAGAGGCAAAUGGCUGCACGCACUCCAAUUUUCUAUCGUCUUGAAAAAAGAGAAAACGAGGAUUCUCCUGUUGGAUAUAUUCACAUUAAAGAGUUCAAUGCAGUGGCCAAAAAAGAUUUGGUCAGUGCAUUAAAACGUCUACAGAAUUCAGGUGCCUCCUAUUUUGUUUUGGAUCUGAGGGACAAUCUUGGUGGACUAGUGCAAGCUGGGAUAGAGAUCGCAAAGCUCUUCUUGAACAAAGGAGACACGAUCAUUUAUACUACUGGCAGGGAUCGUCAAGUCCAAAAUACAAUUGUUGCUGACGGUGAACCUUUGGUUACCACUCCUCUGAUGGUACUAGUGAAUAGCAGAACAGCGAGUGCCAGUGAAAUUGUUGCUUCAGCACUUCAUGACAAUUGCAAAGCUGUUCUUGUUGGUGAAAGAACUUAUGGCAAGGGAUUAAUCCAAUCUGUAUUUGAACUUUAUGAUGGGUCCGGUAUUGUUGUCACGGUUGGCAAAUAUGUGACACCAAAUCACCAAGACAUCAAUGGAGAUGGAAUAGAACCAGAUUACCACCGUCUUCCUGGUCUAAAUGAAGCCAGAGAUUACCUCUUGCGUUGCGAAGGCAAGAAACUAAGCUAAGUGAAGUACUGUGUUCUGAAGCUUUUCACGCAGGUGGAUGAACCGACACUGUUUAGAAGUACGAUAUAGAGCAUUAUGCUUGAGGGAUUGUACAAUGAUGAUCUCUCGGUGGCGCGCUGAUAUCACACGCUCUGUAUCGACGCGUCAAUGCAAGCUUCUGCAGAUUGAGCAUGCCCUUGAAUUCACUGGUGCUGCAGCUCGGAAGAGAACUAGAGAACGCUUGGAAUGCAUAAGUGGCAUGUCAAUCAUGAUUGCACUGGCAUGUGCUGGAUUAUAUCCAGCAACCAGUCUGUAAAUAACUUGCAAUCUGUGUACCAUGGAUGGCGUUCGUUAUUAAAAAAGAGCAACUCGGAUUAAAGCAUUUUGCUAAGAUCCCAUCUA